AUGCACUCCCUCCUUUCUUCUUUCCUGGUUUCUAUCAUUGUAUCCAUGGUCCUGGUUCGUGUACCAACACAAGUUCAUUCGUUAACUUUGAAAUCAGAUAUUGAAGUUCUUCAGGCACUGAUGCAGGCCAUUGAUCCUGUCUCGAUUACCAGGGGGUUUCAAGGGAUCUUAUGCACAUUCCCUACUGACAAAACAGCCAACCGGAUAAUGGCAAUAGAUCUUGAUCCUGCUGGAUAUGAUGGCUUUCUAACUCCGUUGAUCGGAAAUUUAACAGAGCUUACCUCCCUUAGCAUAAACAAAAACAAUUUUCGAGGGCCGAUACCAGAAACCAUAGCCAACCUUCAAAAGCUCAACAGACUAUCAUUGUCUCAAAAUCUCUUCACUGGAAGAAUACCUCAAGGAAUCAUCAAUCUCAAGCAUCUUGAGAUCUUAGACCUGUCACAAAACCACCUCUCUAGCAAGAUUCCUGCCAAUAUUACCACUUUGAGAAGCUUGGUGCAGUUAAGCUUGUCGAACAACGCUUUGUCGGGCAAAAUUCCGGACCUCUCCGGUUUGUGGCAGCUGAAUACAUUAGAUCUUAGUGGCAACAAUCUAGAUGGAAUUGUGCCCAAUCUUCCAAUAAACCUGAGAAAGUUGUCCUUGAGCCAUAAUGUACUAUCAGGACACAUUUCCCCUGUAAGUGUCCUCCAACGCCUUACAGUACUGGAUUUGAGCGAUAACAGGCUUUCAGGUCCCAUUCGUCAGGAAGUUCUCACUUUGCCUCUGGUGACACGCAUCAACAUCUCAAAUAAUCAAUUCACAGAAAUGCAGGCAAUACCAUACCCUAGGGACGAUUUACAGCUUCGGGUGCUGGACGCACACGCUAACCGGUUGCAUGGUCAUCUUCCCAUCAGUUUGGUUAAUAUAGCGAAUUUGUCAUCAAUUGAUCUAUCUCAUAAUUUCUUCUCAGGGAGAAUCCCACUAGAAUAUGGAGCAAAACUGAGUAGUUCAUGGAGAAGCUUGUUCUUAGAAGACAAUUUUCUAACAGGAAAUCCUCCAGCACAGUUUAUUGACAGGACAGUGGCAGUUAGAGGCAGCCUUGCCCACAAUUGCCUGAGGUGUCCUCCGAACAUUCGGUUUUGCAGAGGAGGGCAAAGGCCAAGCUCAGAGUGUGUUGGACAGCAAGAUCACAGCACUUGA